CUGACAAGCAACAAGUUCUAACACUAAUGCCACUAAUUUUCUGACUGGUCUAAAUUUUAUUUAUUACAAUAAUAUAAGUAGUUUUCUGGGAUCUGUUUCUUGAAUUUGAGGACAAAGAAAAUUUGGUUUUCAUUUGAUAAUGAUGAAGAAAUCAUGGGUUUGUACAAUUGUAACUCAAGUUUCUUUAUGCUUAUCUCUUUAUCUUGUUAUCAACUUGUGUCAAAAUCAGAAGCCAAUUUUAAGGAAUGGAAAUGACAAUAUUCCUAUGGAUAUAUAUUUCAUCAGUGUUACUGGUGGUGUUAGGCCUAUUGAAGAACAGACCCUUCUUCUCAAGCAGGUGGAGAAGGUAGCAAAGAAGUUCAAUGCAAGAUUUGUUAUCAACGUAAGCGAACUUGGGGAAGAUGACCCACUCGUGCAAAAUGCUACUCAGCAUUUUCCUUCUACGAAGACUCCAUGGUACUCUACGCGAGGUCUCAAAGGACGAGGGGUGAAUCACUACCUUGAGCAAUUCAAGUUUGCUCAUGGAAGCUUAGAUAUUAUAGUUGUGGAUACAGGAUUAUAUGAGGAUGCUUCGAAUGGUGCUGGAGAUAGGCAAUCAGAAUGGCUGAUCGACACACUUAAAAAUAGUGAACGCACAUGGUGCAUUGCUAUCGGACUUCAUCCAUUGGUAGCCUGUGAAGACGAUGCUACUCAAACAGAACUAAAACACGAAUUACAGUCUUUACAUGGCGUAUUUCUGAAGUACGGCGUAGAUGCAUAUAUAAGUGGACAGGCUUGUAAUGACAAUGUUGAGAAAAGACCGGUCGCAAAAACCAAAACUGGAACUGCCAGAUAUAAAGGACCUUUGAUUACUAAAGUGAAUCAGAACCUGCCCUACUCUAUGCAAAAUGUAAAUGGAUUCCUACUUCACAAAGUCAGUGCUCUUGAGAUUGUGUCCUACUUAGUCACAUUGGAAGGUGAUGUAGUGCAGAAAAUUUUUCUCCAUCAAAGAGGCAAAGAGAUUAUGUAGAUAUACCUGCCGAACGUUGAUGUGUGUAUUUGUUAUUGUCGUGAGAA